AUGACUUGGAUGUCUUAUAGUCUGGUCAACUCAAUUACUGCCUCCUCUAUUGUACCCUGCCAUCGUGAUGAUCCCGACUUAGAUAAUUGCAUCAUUAAAGCUGUAGACGAUAUAAGGCCUCUAUUGGCACAUGGUGAUUUGGGAGAUGGUUAUCAUUCUCCCCCUUUGGAACCUUUGUACUUAGACAACAUAGAAUUGGGAAGAGGUGGGCAGUUUCAUGCGGUUUUUAGUGAUAUGGUGGUAAGGGGUGGCAGUAAUUUCAUCAUCAAUAAAUUAUCAGCUAAUGCUUCAAAUUUGGCAUUUGAUGUGACUUUAACGCUGCCGAGAAUUGAUUUUACGGCCAAGUAUUUAAUGAAACUUAAUAUUUUAUUAUUGGAUUUGCAAGGACGUGGUAAUGUGAAGGGUUAUGCAGAAAACGCCAAAGCUUUGGUCAAAAUUCGCGGCAUUCGUGUACUCCAAGAUGGCGUUGAAUAUGUUCGUUUCACCAAAAUGCCCUUGAAAAUCAAUAUCGAUGUUUUCAAAAUGCAAUUAGACAAUUUAUUCAAUGGUGAUCGUGUAUUAGGCGAAGUUGGCAACACCAUUAUCAAUGAGAAUCGCGAUUUGUAUUUGAAUGAAAUUAUUCCCGGCCUAGAGAAAGGUCUAUCGAAAAAGUUCUUAGACAUCGCUAAUAUGUUAAUGGAAAAUACAACAUACGAUGAAAUGUUUCCCAUGUAAAUUGGGAAUAUAAUUUAUGUUUUAUAGUAAAUUUGAUAAGUAUAUGAGUACGAGUAUAAUUGUUUAGUUUUAAGAGGGUUUUAGUUUUAAU